CAGACUCGCAGAAAAUCUGGACCGAAUAGUACUACUUGGUGACACCAGGGCCCAUAUCGCAUAAAAAUAUAAAUCAUACAAAAAUAAACUUUAUUGUUUUACAAGAGAGCUGAGAGAUUCUCGAAACCCCUUAAAUCGAAAACCCUAAUUUCCCAGAUCGACUGCAAUCAGCCAUGGCUUCAAGAGACACUUUCGUUUACAGCGCCAAGCUCGCUGAGCAAGCCGAACGCUAUGACGAAAUGGUGGAGGCAAUGAAGAAUGUUGCAAAACUGGAUGUUGAGUUGACUGUGGAGGAGAGGAAUUUACUCUCAGUUGGUUACAAGAAUGUGAUUGGUUCUCGUAGGGCUUCUUGGCGUAUUUUGUCAUCCAUUGAGCAAAAAGAGGAAUCAAGGGGGAACCAUCAGAAUGUAAACAGGAUCAAGGAUUAUAGACAAAAGGUUGAGACAGAGUUGACAGCUAUCUGUAAUGACAUUAUGAGUGUCAUUGAUGAACAUCUCAUUCCUUCUUGCACACCUGGUGAAUCUACAGUCUUUUACUAUAAGAUGAAAGGGGAUUAUUAUAGGUAUCUUGCAGAAUUUAAGUCUGGUGAUGACAGGAAAGAUGUUGCUGAUCUUUCUCUGAAAGCUUAUGAGGCAGCUACAGCUUCAGCUGAUGCUGAAUUGGCUUCUACACAUCCCAUUCGGCUGGGCUUGGCUUUAAAUUUUUCAGUCUUCUACUAUGAGAUUAUGAAUUCUCCUGAAAGGGCUUGUCGCCUAGCAAAGCAGGCAUUCGAUGAAGCAAUCUCUGAGCUUGAUAACCUAAGUGAGGAGUCCUACAAAGAUAGUACUCUAAUUAUGCAGCUACUUAGGGACAACCUUACCUUGUGGACUUCUGACAUUCCAGAGGACGGAGAGGAUGGACACAAAGAUGGUGCUGGUAAAGCUGUCAAAGGCGAAGAUGCGGAGUGAAACAUAUGUUCAGAGAAGUUCAUAUGCCUGUAUCCCAGAGAUUACCAGAAGUACAACUGGGGGAUAUUUAGUGUAUUUGUGAUAGUUAAAGCUCACCUUCUAUAUGGGGUGAAAUGUUUGUUUUUAAUUAUGAGUUUAGAAUUUGGUGUGUUGAUGGUUUGAUUUGCAUUUCUGAAGUUUAUCCUUCUCAAUGUAGCGGAUGUAUUCAGAGAAUUGCUGUGGCUGUUGGGUAGUUUUAUUUUUUCAGUGACUGCCGGUGUCCAUAUGGAGGUUUAAACAUACUGUCCAGUUUUCCUCCCAACCGUAAUAUGCUAUAAUUUACUCUUCGUUUACAUGUA